UUAUCUAGUUGUCACAAAAACUUGUCAUAUUUGAGUUUUGUUCCAUUUGUGUAUGUUGUUGUUGUUGUUGUUAUUGCUGUUGUGGGAGAGCUUUACAAGCGAAACGAUACCAAAGAACAGUUUUUCAUUCAUUCCAUUAAGUUUUCAUUCUCUGCUCCAGAGUCAAUUAUUCUUUUUAUUUUGGCAUUUUUUUAUUUGGUUCUUUUGGUCUUCUCGUUGUUCUUCUGCCAUCUGUUUUUACUUAACCAUCAUCGCUUGUUACUUUCCUGGAUUUAGAAAAGAAAAUGGCAAGGAUAAUUUAUGGCACCCUACUCCGAGUAUUCCUUCCUGUACUCCUGUGUACUUUACUCUGUACAAAAGCAGCUUGCAAUCAGAAUAGUAAUGAUAUCAAGUCACUCUCAUCUAUUUACUACAAAUACACCGAAGCAAGUUUCUGCUAUCUACAAAUGGCUUUCCUUUUGAGUACCAAACAUUAUACUUGGACUGGACUCUCGAAAUACCAAUUUAAUUUAGCUCAAGAGAAGAAAUAUGCAGCUAACUUAAUAGGACGAUUCAUGGCAAUAAAGAAUUUAUCACCAAUCCAUGAUAAUAUAAAAGAUUGUACCUCUUUUCUAAAUGCCACAGAAUACGAAAGUAAAGUCCCUGUGCACUAUCUGGAAAAUACUAAAUACACAGAAGAGCAACUGCUGGAACACCUGCUUGCACAAAAUGAUACGAGUAUCUAUGUAAACCACUUCAUUACUCACUGGUUCGUGCAUUAUCAAUAUAAGCGACUUUACGAGACAACCAUACAGCUUCAAAAGGUCCAAUCGCUGAAAUCGAUUAGCGAACAAGCUAUCUGGGAUGACUCUAUCAUCAGGCAGUCCCAUAUCAUCUUUGACUACAAGUUCUCCGAAUUCAGCAAUGUGUUCAGUGACUGUGUCAAAUGAGGAAGAAAGCAAAUAUUGAUACAUGCAUUAUACACAAACAACAUAGCAGAUCAUAAAAGUCACGUAUAUAUAACACGCACAUAGACCAUAUAUAUGUAUGUGUAUAUAUAUGUAUGUGUAUGUAAAUAUAUAUAUGUAUAAGAGACCAAAGUGUAUGGACGCCGCUAUAUUUUUAUAUAUAAAAAAUACAAAAAUGGGACAAAAACGCAAAACAUCCAGACAGACAAUACAAAGAAAACAAGGAGGGGUCUUUCGGAGUUUUCUUUCCUCAGUCGAGUUCCAGAUUAUCUUUGCAAUUUCAGCUAGUUAUACUCGAAAUUGCUCCAAUUCGGCCAGCUCCAAGGAAUCUAGUGCUCUUGGCUUAGUUUUUCCUUGGAGCAAUUUCGAAUAUAACCAGCCGAAAUUGCAUAGAUAAUCUUGAACUCGACUGAGGAAAGAAAACUCC